ACUUCAUGGAAAUUUUCACAUUGAAACAGUCUGACGUUUAACGAUUCGCUGCUUCUGACUCUUUCUAACAUCAUGGACCUCCCUGGUUCUUUGCCUCCAUUGUCUCCCUACACGCUCCCUGGUAACUCCAGCUCCUCUGCCCCUUCCUCCGCUUCUCCAAGCUUGGCAUCCACAGCUCUCUUCUGCUCCCUCCUCUCGCUCCUCUCCCUGCUGGGCAUCACAGGAAACCUGUACACUCUGGUUCUCCUCCUGAGGCGCAGCAGAGGGAGGAGACGGCGUGGAGCGGCCUGCUGCCUAACGAGGAUCCCCGUACCAUCCUGCCUCGCCCCGUCCACCUCCCCUCCCUCCUCCCCCACCUCCUCUCCCUCCUCCUCCUCUCUUCACCUGCAGGUGCUGAGCCUGGCUCUGGCCGACCUGCUCUACCUGUUCACCGCCCCGUUCAUCGUGUACGACAGUUUGGCGUCUGGAUGGGCCUUCGGGGAGCUGGGCUGCCGCCUCCUCCUUAGCCUGGACCUCCUCACCAUGCACGCCUCCAUCUUUACUCUCACAGCCAUGAGCCUCGAUCGUUACCGUGCCGUAGCCCACCCCCUGCGCACCUCCUCCUCCAGCUCCUCCAACCUGCUGCGGGUGGGCCUGGCGUGGGGGCUGGCAGUGGCUCUCAGCCUGCCCAUGAUGAUCACCCUGCACCUGGAGGACGGGGAGAACCACGAGGGCCAGCUGUGCGUCCCGGCGUGGGAUGAGCAGAGCUCCAAGGUCUAUCUGAGCGUGCUCUUCUGCACCAGCAUCCUUGGCCCCGGGCUGGCCAUUGGGGCGCUGUAUGCCACUCUGGGACGGCUCUAUUGGGUGUCACAGACCCGGCCAGCCUGGGCCGCUGGGAACAACAGUUCAUGUCCUCCUCGAGCGCCCAAACCUAAAGUCCUGCUCCUCAUCCUGGGUAUUGUCCUGGCCUUUUGGGCCUGCUUCCUCCCUUUCUGGAUCUGGCAGCUGCUGCCCCUCUACCAGCCCGACAUGCUCCGAACAGUACCGGUUGGGACACAGGUGACGGUGAAUCGUAUCCUCACUGGGCUCACCUAUGGAAACUCCUGCGUUAACCCAUUCUUCUACACACUUCUAACCGGAAAACAAAAACGCAAUCGGCAGGUGCUUGCACCAGCAAGUCAACUCUGCCGGAAGAGCCCGCCUCCUCCGCAGUAG